GGCUGCGUCACUUCUUAGAAGCUUAGCUGUGGAUCACGCUCAUGUACCUGCCGGACGCCAGAUCCCCUUUGCAGCGACAGCGAUUGCAGUAGCCGGUGACAACGUGAGUCCCAGAGCCCGACACCGGAGGGCGAGAUGAACGCGCUGGCUUCCCGAGCCAUCCAGAUCCGCGAUCGCUUGUGGCAGCCCGAGCCGGCCCUCCUGCCCCCAGGGUGACGCGCAGCCCGGAGUCGCACAGACAGAUGGCCCCAGGCCAAGCGCCCCAUCAGUCUGCCCCCUGGAGGGGUACCCACCCCUUUUUCCUCCUGUCCCCGCUGAUGGGCCUUCUCAGCAGGGCCUGGAGCCACCUGAGGGGCCCAGGACCUCCAGAACCCUGGCUGUUGGAACCAGGAGCCAGAGCCGAUCAAGGAGAAGCUGGUCUGGAGGGAGCAGCUCAGACUUUUGUGGGCAUCCACUGUGCCCCGGAGGACAGGCACUUUCGAGGGGAGACUGGAGACGAUGGAGCAGUUGAGGACGCUGGAGACGCAUUCGGGGGGGCCUGCCAUGAUCUAAAAGCCAGUAGUUCUCUCCUUGAAGCCUGGGGACUUUCAGAUGAUGAUGAUGAUGAUGAUGAUGAUGAUGGCGGGGAGCAAACAACCAGUGUCCCUCAAGAGCAAGCAAGUGAAUUUGUAGGUGGCCAGCCUGCUCCCCUCUCCCCUCCCCUUCCAGUAAGAGCCCUGCAGGACCCUCCUGGAGAGGAGAAAUCUGAGGAAGGAGGAGCUGCUGAAAGUGAAGUGGCCACGGUUUUCUCUUUUCCUCCAUCACCCUGGGAGUGUUGUCCAGGGGAGGAGGAAGAGGAAGGAGGAGCUGUAAAGAAAGAAGCUGCCACAGCACCUGCUUUUCCUUUGUCUCCAGGAUCCAAGCCUAAAGCUCGGGGGUAUUGUGCGGGGGAGGAGGAGGGUCAAGCGACAGAGGAAAAAAGAACAGAAAAUAAAGAAGCCACAAAGAGCUCCAUUUUCCCCUCAUCUUCAGGCUUUCACGCCAGGACCUGGGAGCGUGGUUCAGGAGAGGAGUCUGAGGAGGAAGAAGAUGAAUUCAGUGACUCGGGAGCAGCUGAGGAGGGGGGAGAAGCUGAGGGUCCCUCUUCCAUCCCAUCCACAAAUGCCUUCGUCAGGGCCUGGGUGUACCGGCCAGGAGAGGACACGGAGGAGGACGAGGAGGAAGAUGAAUUCAGUGACUCGGGAGCAGCUGAGGAGGGGGGAGAAGCUGAGGGUCCCUCUUCCAUCCCAUCCACAAAUGCCUUCGUCAGCGCCUGGGUGUAUCGGCCAGGAGAGGACACGGAGGAGGAGGAGGAAGAUGAAUUCAGUGACUCGGGAGCAGCUGAGGAGGGGGGAGAAGCUGAGGGUCCCUCUUCCAUCCCAUCCACAAAUGCCUUCGUCAGGGCCUGGGUGUACCGGCCAGGAGAGGACACGGAGGAGGACGAGGAGGAAGAUGAAUUCAGUGACUCGGGAGCAGCUGAGGAGGGGGGAGAAGCUGAGGGUCCCUCUUCCAUCCCAUCCACAAAUGCCUUCGUCAGCGCCUGGGUGUACCGGCCAGGAGAGGACACGGAGGACGAGGAGGAAGAUGAAUUCAGUGACUCGGGAGCAGCUGAGGAGGGGGGAGAAGCUGAGGGUCCCUCUUCCAUCCCAUCCACAAAUGCCUUCGUCAGGGCCUGGGUGUACCGGCCAGGAGAGGACACGGAGGAGGACGAGGAGGAAGAUGAAUUCAGUGACUCGGGAGCAGCUGAGGAGGGGGGAGAAGCUGAGGGUCCCUCUUCCAUCCCAUCCACAAAUGCCUUCGUCAGGGCCUGGGUGUACCGGCCAGGAGAGGACACGGAGGAGGACGAGGAGGAAGAUGAAUUCAGUGACUCGGGAGCAGCUGAGGAGGAGGGAGAAGCUGAGGGUCCCUCUUCCAUCCCGUCCACAAAUACUUUCAUCAGGGGUUGGGUGUAUCGGCCAGGAGAGGACACGGAGGAGGAGGAGGAGGAAGAGGAGUUCAGUGACUCAGGAGCAGCUGAGGAGGAGGGAGAAGCUGAGGCUGCUUCUUCUGUCCCCCCAACAGGUACCUUCUUAAGGGCCUGGGUUUAUCGGCCAGGAGAGGACACAGAAGAGGAAGAUGAGAAUGAGGAGGAGGAUGACUCAGAAGCCACUGACUCGGCGCUGAGUCCCUCCCUUCAGGCUCAGAGCGCCCUCCUCAGGGGCUGGAUGUAUCGGCUGGGAGAGGACACAGAAGGAAGGGAAGUUGCUAAGCAGCAGGGAGAAGCUGAGCCCCGCCCCUUCCGAGUGGCCAUCUAUUUACCUGGAGAAAGGCCACCACCUCCCUGGGCUCCCCCUCGGCUACCCGUCCGACUACAGAGGCGACUUAAGUCCACGGAAACCCCCACCCGGCGUCCUGACCCUGAGCCUCCGGUAAAGGCCAGAAAGGUCCGCUUCUCUGAGAAGGUCUCUGUCCAUCUCCUGGCUGUCUGGGCAGGACCAGCCCGGGCCGCCCGCCGGGGACCCUGGGAGCAGCUAGCCCGAGAUCGAAGCCGCUUCGCCCGUCGCAUUGCUCAGGCCCAGGAGCAGCUGGGCCCCUGUCUCACCCCUGCUGCCCGGGCCAGGGCCUGGGCACGCUUUGGGAACUCUCCGCCUCCUCUGGCCACCACACCUGCUCCUACCCAGAUCUUACCAUUGUCCUCUGCCCAGGCCACAGCCUUGAGCCUUGUUACGGCAUCUCCCUUCGCCCCUCUGUCCCUGUCUCCCGGCUUGGACCUCAGUGGGAGGCGUGGCUAAGAUCAUGUAGUUUCACGUUUAUAUUAUUUAUUUUUUGUAUAUUGUUUUAUAUAAGAAAUAAAACUUUGUGAUUUGUAGCAA